GGAGUUCCUGUAACAGCAACAUGCUUCCUCGUUACAGGAAUAAAACAUGAAAUGUCAUCCUGGGUUCUGCAUUCCAGCAUCAACUGGCUAUUUAAGGUCUGUUCUCCAAACUGGGAUCGUCUGUCAGGAUUUAACGCAGCAAAGAUGGCGUCUGGCUUUCAGUUGGUGUUCCUCCUCGGCUCCAUCAUCGGCCUCUUGACUGUUAGAGCUGCGCCUGCUCAAAGUGACGGCCAGGAGAAGGCAGCUGACUGUCCUGCUCGCUGUCCGUCGGGUUGGACACAGUUUGGAUCUCGCUGCUUCAUUUUCUAUUACCAGUCCAGGAAAUGGUCUGAUGCAGAGAAAUUCUGCAUUUCUAUUGGAGGGAACCUGGCAUCGAUCCACAGCUCUGAUGAAAACACCUUUGUCAGUGACAUGAUCAACAGAGCCUCCGGUUCUCGUAAUACCUGGAUCGGAGGCCAUGACGCCGUCGAUGAGAGAAGAUGGCUGUGGAGCGAUGGAUCCAGCUUUGAGUAUGCGCACUGGUACAGCAACCAGCCAGACAACUCUGGAGGAAAUCAGCACUGCCUGGAAAUAAACUAUGGAGGAGACUACUGGAACGACAUGCCGUGCACAUACAGCAGGCCAUUCGUUUGUUCCCGGGAUCUCUGA